AUGAUGUGGUGGUACCUUAGCAGAACACCUUCUUCAGCUUCAAAUGCCAAACCCAAUGAUCAAUAUUCCACCAUUACUUUACACAAUUCCAUCUUCCCAGUUUCUGAUUCUGGUCUUUUCAAUGAUAUUUGCAUUGUUGAAAUCCCAAACAAACCCCUCAUUGAUCACAAUAAAGACAACAACAAAAGCAACAGCAAACAAGUAGAGACCUUUCCAUGUUCAUCAUGGGAAUGGUUUGCCUAUCAAUUCUCUCCAACCCAAUUCCAUUCUGUGGUUGUCCCUCGGGCUCUGUCGCCGGUGUUCAGAAUCCAAGUUAUUGGGGUCCUGCCUGAACAUUUCUUGUGUGCCAAGCUGGUGCAGAGUCCUCAUCAGCCUCAUGCCACCCUGUGUACCUAUUCAUGCAGUGGAAAUUCGCUUCAUGAUGUGCCUAAAAUGAAUUGUGAGGAUCGGAACCCGUUCGGUGCUGCCUGUGCCCUUCGUGAUGGCUGGCUUUAUGUUGCAGGAGGCUAUAAGGGCAAAUCUUCCAAUAUUGAUCCUUCAUCUUACUUGAAUUCGGUUGAACGAUUGAACCUGAAGACAUGGGAAUGGCAAUCACUGCAAAACAUGCAAGAACCGCGAGCAUUUGCAGACGGCUUUACUCACAAGGGCAGGUUUUUCGUGGUUGGUGGUAGCGCAACUCUCAAGCACUCGGCUGAAAUCUACAACCCCAGCACCAACUCCUGGGUGUGCUUGAAGUCAUUUGUGCCCAAGGAGGCAGAUGGGUUCACUGCAGCAUCACUCAACGGGCGCUUAAUGUUACUUACUUGGUCAGAUCAGUUAGGUGUGAAGCUGUGGCUUUGGACUGUAUUGGUUAAUCCAAAUUUGAUAUGCAGGUGCAGAUUGAUCAGUUUCUUUCCAAACCAAAUUGUUGAGAGGCCAAGACUAAAAUCACAUGGAGCAAAAAUGGUUCAAGUUGGGGGAAAGGAGGUGUGGGUUUUGGUGGGAGAGAGUGAUAGAUUUUGCCUGCAGGUUGAUGGAUCAAAUGCCUGGCCAGUUUUCCCAGCACCAAUGUUUAGGCCUGGUGAUGGGCAUGAAGCUGUGCAAAAGGGUCAUAUCUAUGCCUUCUCUUUCACGGAUGGAGUUGGAUUAAGUUGGAGAAAAAUCCCUGUUUACUCAAUUUGA